AUGGCAUCUUCUCUGCGAAGCCUUGCUGUUACAGCAUGUAGAACCAGUACCCCGCGGGUGACAAUCGCCGGUUCUAGUUGUGCCUCUGGCGUCACGGUGGUUUCAUUAUCUAAACGCCAGUUAUCCUUAGUCGCCGCUCCUCGCCAGCGCGGACCAAAAUUCGUCCAGCGAACAACACGAGGAUUCCACACAUCAACCCCCUCACAGUCAAUCCCCCCACAGUCGACACCGAAAUUUACGUACGGAAUUGCCGCUUCCUUCUCUGCGAAAGACCACAAAUACAAUCCCAACAGAAACAUCUUCAACUUCGACCCAUAUAACCACAUCCGCGCCAGACGAAAAAACAAGAAAACCCGGCCAGGCAGCGGGCAAGAUGCCUUCUUCGUCAGCAGAGUUGGGGAAACCUCUGACGUUGCUUUUGGCGUGGCAGAUGGUGUAGGAGGCUGGAUGAAUUCGGGGGUGGACCCCGCGGAUUUCUCUCAUGGAUUAUGCGAUUACGCAGCUCAUGCAGCAUACACACAUCGACCAGAAGAAUGGGAAACUCCCCUCAAUGCGCGGAGUCUAAUGCAACGUGGCUACGAAGAUAUAUGUAACGAUGAGACGGUCCGGGCUGGGGGGAGUACGGCCUGUGUGGCUAUUGCGAGGGGCACUGGACAGCUUGAGGUUGCCAACCUAGGGGACUCUGGUUUCGUACAGUUGAGGCUCAAUGCAGUACAUGAUUACUCGGAGCCUCAGACCCACGCAUUCAAUACGCCAUAUCAACUAUCCAUCGUCCCCAAAAAGAUUCUGGCUCAGGUAGCUGCAUUCGGAGGCACCCAGCUUUGCGAUUUCCCCAAAGAUGCCAAUGUUUCGCAGCAUGCAUUGCGGCAUGGCGACGUAUUGGUUUUCGCAACUGAUGGAGUAUGGGAUAAUUUGUCACGGCACGAGAUCUUGAAGAUUGUGUCCAAGAUAAUGAUUGGGGCCAACGCAUGGGUACAUACGGAAAAUGGUAUAGGCGUGGGAACAGAUCUACAUAAUUUCACCAUGCCUGAUGACGGCAAGGACGCCACGGAAGAUAUACCCAGCUUACAAAGCUUUCUGGCUGUGGGCAUUACCAACGAGGCCAAGGCGGCAAGCAUGAAUACGAAACUUGAUGGACCAUUUGCGAGGGAGGUCCAACGGGAGUUCCCGUAUGAAAAAUGGCAGGGUGGGAAGGUCGACGAUAUUUGUGUUGUGGUGGCGAUUGCUUGCGAAGAGAAGAAGUGA